GCCAGGCCACUAUUGACAAAGCUGCCAGCUGUGGAGGAGCCCGGUCUCCAGGCCCUUGCCCCCUCCCCUGCCUCCUUCCUCCCCCAGGGCCACCAUGAAUGGGGCUGAGCCUCAACUGUCUCCCUCCCACUCAGGACAAUGCCCCCCACAGCCAUCUUGUGCCUGUUGCCACUGCCCUGAAGCAGCUGAUGUGAGGAGACCCCAUUUCUGCACUCCGUAGUGGUGCAUUCUCCCAUCAGGUCGUAUGCUGACUGACUUCCUCCAGGCUCCUGUGAUGGCUCCCUGGUCUCCCUUCAGCCUCCACCUUCUGCUGCUGUUCCUGCUGUUGCUGCCCUUGACCAGGGCCCAUCGCUUCUCUGUUCCGAACGCCAGCUUCAACCACCUGGUGCUGGCACCAGACCAGGGCAAACUCUAUGUGGGUGCAGUGAAUCACCUCUUCCAGCUCAGCCCUGAGCUGGAGAUGGAGUCUGUGGCUAUCACUGGCCCUGUCAUUGACAGUCCUGAUUGUGUGCCUUUCCGUGACCUGGCUGAGUGCCCACAGGCCCAGCUCACUGACAAUGCCAACCAGCUCUUGCUGGUAAGCAGCAGGGCACAGGAGCUGGUGGCUUGUGGACAAGUGAGGCAGGGUGUAUGUGAGAAGCGGCGCCUUGGGGAUGUUACUCAAGUGCUGUACCAGGCGGAGGACCCUGGUGAUGGGCAGUUUGUGGCUGCCAAUACCCUGGGAGUGACCACAGUAGGCCUAGUGGUGCCUUUGCCAGGCCGAGACCUCCUGCUGGUGGCCAGAGGCCUGGCAGGCAAGCUGUCAGCAGGAGUGCCACCCCUAACUGUGCGCCAGCUGGCUGGGCCACAGCCUUUCUCCAGCGAAGGUCUGGGAAGACUUGUGGUGGGUGACUUUUCAGACUAUAACAAUAGCUAUGUAGGGGCUUUUUCUGAUGCUCAUUCUGCCUACUUUGUCUUCCGUCGCCGUGGGGCUCGGGCCCAGACUGAGUAUCGCUCCUAUGUAGCUCGCGUCUGCCUCGGAGAUGUCAACCUUUAUUCCUAUGUGGAAGUGCCCCUUACCUGCCAUGGCCAGGGUCUUAUCCAGGCUGCCUUCCUUGCUCCGGACACCUUGCUGGGCGCAUUUUCAGCAGGCACAAGUCAGGCACAGGCAGCCCUGUGUGCCUUUCCCUUAGCUGACCUGGACGGGAGUAUGGAACAAGCCAGGCGACUUUGCUAUACUACUGGUGGUCAGGGUCCCAACGGCAUGGAAGAAGCCACUGUGGAGUAUGGUGUCACAUCCCGUUGUGUCACUCUGCCUCCUGACUCCCCCGAGUCAUACCCCUGUGGUGAUGAACACACCCCCAGCCCCAUCGCAGGCCGCCAACCCCUGGAGGCCCAGCCUCUGCUGCAGCUGGGACAGCCCAUCAGUGCAGUGGCUGCUCUCCAGACAGAUGGGCACACGAUAGCCUUCCUGGGAGACACCGAGGGUCAACUACAUAAGGUCUUUCUAAACAGCUCCCAUGGCCAGGUAUACCAUUCCCAGCAAGUGGGGCCCCCAGGCUCAGCCAUCAGCCCAGACCUGCUGGUAGACAACAGUGGAGACUACCUCUAUGUCCUGACUGCCCAGCAGGUAGACAGGAUACUUGUGGCAGCCUGCCCUCAGUUUCCUAACUGCACUACCUGCCUCCAGGCCAGGGACCCACUGUGUGGCUGGUGCAUACUUCAGGGCAGGUGCACUCGGAGGGCCGAGUGUGGGAGAGCAGUUCAGCCAAACCAGUGGCUAUGGAGCUAUGAAGACAACCACUGCCUUCACAUCCAGAGCCUGCUACCAGCCCAGCACCCCCGUCAGGAACAUGGCCAGAUCACUCUGUCUGUUCCUGGGCUGCCCAACCUGGCCAUGGAUGAAUACUUCUACUGUGCCUUUGGGGACUACAACAGUCUAGCUCAGGUGGAAGAGCACCAUGUGGUCUGUGCCACCCCUCCUCAAGAUCGGAUGCCACCUAAUCCUCCAGGCUCAGAUCAUGUCACCUUGCCCCUGGCCCUGAUGUUUGAGGAUGUGGUAUUGGCUGCCACCACAUUCUCCUUCUAUGACUGCAGCGCUAUUCAGGCCUUGGAAGUGGCUGCCCCGUGCCGCACUUGUGUGAGCAGCCUGUGGCGGUGCCACUGGUGCCCCCAGAGUAGCCACUGUGUAUAUGGAGAGCGCUGCCCAGAGGGUGAAAAGGCUGUCUACAGUGCCCAGGAGGUGGACAUCCUGGUUCGUGGCCCAGAGGCUUGCCCCCAGGUUAAGGGUCUAGCAAGUCCCCAGUUGGUGCCUGUGGGCUGGGAGAGCCAUGUGACCCUGCACAUUGAGAACCUUCACUAUUUCCGAGGUCUGCCUGCCUUGUACUAUUGCUGGCUAGAACUGCCUGGAAAACUGCGAAAGCUACCUGCCUUCCUAGAGGAGACAUCCAGGAACUCUGGCCUCAUUCACUGCCAGGCCCAGCAGUUCCACCCCUCUAUGUCUCAGUGGGAGCUCCCAGUGCCCAUCUAUGUAACCAGGGGUGAGAUCCAGCGGCUGGACAAUACCGGUGAUCUUCAUGUGACUCUAUAUGACUGUGCCAUGGGUCACCCUGACUGCAGCCACUGUCAGGCAGCCAAUGGGAGCCUGAGCUGCUUGUGGUGUGGUGAUGGCCAGCCUGCCUGCCGCUACGGGCCGCUGUGCCCACCAGGUGCUGUGGAACAGCUAUGCCCUAUACCCAGCAUUGAUGUGAUUGAACCCCUGACUGGUCCCCCAGAAGGUGGCUUAGCCAUCACCAUCCUGGGAUCCAACCUGGGCCAGGCCUUUAAUGAUGUGCGAAAUGCUGUGACUGUGGCUGGCCAGCCCUGCAACCCUGACCCUUCUCUCUACCGCAUCUCUGCCCGGAUUGUAUGUGUCACAUCUCCUGCUCCCAAUGGCACUUCUGGACCAGUCCAAGUGGCCAUUAAGAGUCGUCCUCCUGGCAUCUCGGCCCAGCACUUCACCUACCAGGACCCUGUCCUGCUGAGCCUGAAUCCUCAGUGGGGCCCCCAGGCAGGGGGCACCCAGCUCACCAUUCAUGGGCAGUACCUCCAGACAGGAGGCAACGUCAGUGCUUUUGUGGGGGACCAACCUUGCCCUAUUCAAGAGCCUGUGUGUCCUGAAGCCAUCAUAUGCCACACCAUGCCCCAGAUGGAGCCAGGAGAAGCAGUGGUCUUCGUAGUCUUUGGCCAUGUUGAACGCAAACUGCUCACCACUCCUUUUCGAUACACUGCCAACCCCCAACUGGUGGAAGCAGAGCCUAGUGUCAGCUUCCGAGGAGGUGGACGAGUGAUUCGAGUUAGGGGUACAGGCUUAGAUGUUGUGUGGCAGCCCUUGCUGUCUGUGUGGCUGGAGGAUGAGUUCCAAGUGAAGGCUUUGGGCGUGCAGGCCCAGGAUGUGAACCCAAGGAGGAGCUGUGGUGCCCCUGCUGCAGAUCCUCAGGCUUGUAUCCAUCUUGAGAGUGGCUUACUACAGUGCUCCACUCUCUGCUCUGUCAACUCAUCUAGUCUCCUCCUGUGCCACAGUCCAGCGGUGCCAGAUGGGGCCCUCCCAAAGCGAGUCUUCUUUGCCCUAGACAACAUGCAAGUAGACUUUGCCAGUGCUAGUGGGGGCCAGGGAUUCCUCUACCAGCCUAACCCUCGCCUGGCUCCACUUAGUCAUGAGGGGAUUACUCACCCCUAUCGGCUCAAGCCAGGUCAUGUCCUGGAUGUGGAGGGCGAGGGCCUCAAUCUGGGGAUCAGCAAGGAGGAGGUGCAGGUGCAUAUUGGAGAUGGGAAGUGCCUGGUGAAGACGCUGACGCUUACUCACUUGUACUGUGAACCACCCCAGCAAGCCCCUCAGCCCACCAAUGGUUCAGGCACCCUGCCACAGUUUGUGGUGCAGAUGGGCAAUGUGCGCCUGGCUCUAGGCCCUGUUCAGUAUGAAGCAGAGCCCAUGAUAUCCACCUUUCCUGUGGAGGCCCAGGUGGGCCUGGGCAUGGGUGCUGCCAUGCUGAUUGCUGCAGUGCUACUCCUCACCCUCAUGUACAGGCACAAGAGCAAGCAGGCCUUGCGAGACUAUCAGAAGGUACUGGUGCAGUUGGAGAACCUGGAGACUGGUGUGGGUGACCAGUGCCGCAAGGAGUUCACAGACCUGAUGACUGAGAUGACAGACCUCACCAGUGACCUAGAGGCCAGUGGGAUUCCCUUCCUGGAUUACCGAACAUAUGCUGAGCGUGCUUUCUUCCCUGGCCAUGUUGGCUGCCCACUGCAGCCAGGGCUCGAGGGGCCUGGGGAAGAGGGUCGCCGUGUCACCGUGUGCCAGGGUCUCACACAACUCUCCAAUUUGCUCAACAGCAAGCUCUUCCUUCUCACACUCAUCCACACCUUAGAGGAGCAGCCAAGCUUUUCCCAGAGGGACCGCUGCCAUGUGGCUUCACUACUUUCUCUGGCUCUGCACAGCAAGCUUGAAUAUUUGACCGACAUCAUGAGAACUCUGCUUGGUGACCUAGCAGCCCAUUAUGUACACAAGAACCCCAAGCUCAUGUUACGCAGGACAGAGACCAUGGUAGAGAAGCUGCUCACCAACUGGCUAUCUAUCUGUCUCUACGCCUUCUUGAAGGAAGUGGCUGGUGAGCCACUGUACAUGCUCUUCCGGGCCAUCAAGUACCAGGUGGACAAGGGCCCUGUGGACGCUGUGACAGGCAAGGCAAAACGAACUCUGAAUGACAGCCACCUACUACGAGAGGAUGUGGAGUUCCGGCCCCUGACCCUGAUGGCAUUGGUGGGACCAGGGGCUGGUGGGGCAGCAGGAAACAGUGAAGUACAUCGAGUGCCAGCCCGGGUGCUUGAUACAGACACCAUCACCCAAGUCAAAGAGAAGGUGUUGGAUCAAAUCUACAAGGGAACUCCCUUCUCCCAGAGGCCUUCAGUGCACUCCCUAGACCUUGAGUGGCGCUCAGGCCUAGCUGGUCACCUAACCUUGUCAGAUGAGGAUUUGACCUCUGUGACUCAAAACCACUGGAAGAGACUCAACACCCUACAACACUACAAGGUCCCAGAUGGAGCAACAGUGGUACUCAUUCCUCAGCUGCACAAUGGUGGCACUGUCUCCCAGAGUCUGGAGCAGACUGGCUGCCAUUCUGGAGAGAGUGAGUCCCUCAGUCCAGACCUCUCCAUCUGCCAGGAGCCCCAGCUCUGCUCAGACACUCCCAUGCUGGAAGAUGGUGAAGAAGGUGGAGUUCGGCUUUGGCACCUGGUAAAGGCCACUGAGGAGACAGAAGGGGCCAAAGUGCGGCGCAGCAGCCUCCGGGAACGAGAACGAGAACGGGCACGAGCCAAGGCCAUUCCUGAAAUCUAUCUUACUCGCUUACUUUCAAUGAAGGGCACCCUGCAGAAGUUUGUGGAUGACACCUUCCAGGCCAUUCUUAGCAUGAAUAGGCCUGUGCCUAUUGCUGUUAAGUACCUAUUUGACUUCUUGGAUGAGCUGGCAGAGAAACAUGGCAUUGAAGAUCCAGAGACCCUGCACAUUUGGAAGACAAACAGCUUAUUGCUGCGAUUCUGGGUGAAUGCCUUGAAGAACCCACAGCUCAUCUUUGAUGUUCGAGUGUCAGACAACGAGGAUGCCAUCUUGGCUGUCAUCGCACAGACCUUCAUCGAUUCCUGCAUGGUCUCAGAGCAUAAAGUGGGCCGGGAUUCCCCAGUGAACAAACUGCUCUAUGCCCGGGAGAUCCCUCGCUACAAGCAGAUGGUGGAGAAGUACUAUGCGGACAUUCGCCAGAGCUCUCCAGCGAGCUAUCAAGAGAUGAACUCAGCUCUGGCUGAACUCUCUGGGAAUUAUACUUCUGCUCCCAACUGUCUGGAGGCUCUUCGAGAACUUUACAACCACAUCCACAGGUAUUAUGACCAGAUCAUCAGUGCCCUGGAGGAGGACCCCGUGGCCCAGAAGAUGCAGCUGGCUUGCCGCCUGCAGCAGGUCGCUGCCUUGGUGGAGUACAAAGUGACUGAUUUAUGAACUAGGGUCAACGUGAUCACCUGAGACCUGCCAACUUAUAGAACAGUGAGCAGGAUCCACUGUAUGACCCUGACUAAGCAGUGACUGAGGAGGGGGUCAGCAAGGCUAUCUAGAAUGCCUACUACCCCCAUGUGCUUGUUUCUAAUUUAUAAUGAUCCCUACCCUCUUUCCCACUGUAUUUAUUUGCUUGCUGGAAAAUCACAUCUGGAAAUAAAGUAGAAAUACAUCUUUUUAAAAACAA